UUGUUGUUUUGAAAUCACCCCACGGCUGCUUAUCGGAAAUGUCCCCUCGUCAGUCCUUAUCGUGUGCUGGUUCUUUGCUGACCGGAUAGCAAACGCGCUGUGUACAGUGUUAACCAUGGAAGGAAACUCGGAAGGCUUCAUUCCCGAUAUUGUUGAGCAUCCCAUCGUGCACGUUAGCCAGCGGUACGACUGGGACUGUGGAUUGGCAUGCAUUUUAAUGGUGCUGGGUCGUCAGGAGAAGCAAAAGUUUUUAUCCAACUUCCGGCGAAUCUGUGACGAAGGUCAAUUCGGCGAAAGCACUUGGACGAUCGAUUUGUGCUACAUCUUGAACGACUUUAACAUUCCGCACAAAUACCUAACGACGACCGUCGGAGCGAACCCGAAACAUCGGGGAAACGAUUACUACAAAUCGUACACACUGGAUAUGGUGCGUGUGAAUGAUAAAUUCCGGCACGCCGAGCAGAGCGGCCUCGACGUGAAGCAGUGCUCCGUAAACUAUCGAUUUCUAAUCGAUCACCUUGGCACGUACGGCAAUAUAAUUCUGCUCACCAGUGCCUCGAUGCUGUUCUGUGACCUGUGCAAACUGAACAAACUGCCUUGCGAAUUACGCUCCUGUCUCAGCAUCACUCCCAGCUACACGGGCCACUACAUCGUGCUCUGUGGGUACAACAAACGGAUACAGAAGUUCAUGUACCGCAAUCCGGCCUGCAACGACAAGGUUUGCUACAUUCCAUACCAAGCGCUGGACAAGGCCCGCAAAGCGAACGGAACGGACGAAGAUAUUAUCCUUCUAUACGACAAAACCUCAUGACAACACACGGUAUUCCAGCAUGAUCAUGUAACGGCUGCGUCGAGAACGUUUGCUAGUCUGCGCAACAAUUGACAUUUGAAACAUAGUAUUAACUUCCUUUCAAUAUUUGUUUGCUAAUAAAUGUUACACUUCCACGAAAU